AUGACUCAUGGUGAACUAAAAUUGCUUGCAAAGCAUCUGGGACAUGAUGUGAAGACCCACAAGGAAUAUUAUCAGUUGUCUUCCAGUACAAUGGAACUCUCAAAGGUUGCCCUGAUGUUGUAUGCUGUUGAAAAUGGUAAAGUCAAUGAGUGGAAGGGAAGGCAGAUGAAGGACAUAGUAGUAGAAGAUUUACCUCUUCCAAUUGAAGACGAAGAUGGCCAUCAAGAAGAGUCCAUGUCAACUGCUGACAGUGAAGAGCCAGGCAGUCUGACCAAUGAUAGAAGGGAGCCAAGUGAAGAGCCAGCCAGUCUGACCCAUGAUAGGAGGGAGCCAAGUGAAGAGCCAGCCAGUCUGACCCAUGAGUCCAUGUCAACUGCUGACAGUGAAGGGCCAGCCAGUCUGACCCAUGAUGAAAUGAGGCAGCCAAAUCCUCAAGGGACAGGGACAAGAAAAGGAAUGAAACGAAAGUGGGCCAGCGAAGAGAACAUAUGUUUCAUGAACUUUUUUAGAGAUGAAUUAAGAGAAAAAAAAAUGCCAUCUGGCUCAAAAAUAAUGGGGUCCCUAAAAAUACUUACCGGAAGAACAGUGGCCCAGAUAAGGGCAAGGGUCCAUAACAUUAUUAUGGAAAAACAAAAAUGGAAAAAGAAUUGUUGAAUUGUGGAAUAUGUUUAUGCCCCUGGUAGGGUGGCAUAUAGCAGUUGAACUGUCCGUCAGUCAGUCAGUCUGUCCAUCUGGCCGAAAACUUAAAUGGCCAUAACUUUUUCAAUAUUGAACAUAGCAACUUGAUAUUUAUACCCCUAUUACAAUUGGUAAUGGGGGCUAUAUAGGAGUCACGUUUGACGGUCUGUCCCGAUAUUUCAUCCGAUCUUCACCAAACUUGGUCAGUAGUUGUAUGUAGAUAAUGUCUAGGUCAAGUUUGAAUAUGGGUCAUGCCAGGUCAAAAACUAGGUCAUGGGGUCACUUAGUAUGUUUUAAACUGUAAGUUUGUACGGACCAUAGCUAUGUUAUUUAUCGUUACAUUUUUAAAUGACUCGGUACAUUUGUUCACCAUCAUGGAACGGUGUGUCGUGUUAAAAAAAAUUACGUCAAUAUCUCAAAGGUCAAGGUCACACUUGGGAGUUCAAAGGUCAAAUGCUUGGCCGGGCCAUAGCUUUGUUUUUUAUUGUGAUAUUUUAAAAUCAUUUGGCACAUUUGUUCACCAUCAUUGAACAGUGUGUCGGGCGAAAGAAUUACGUCGAUAUUUCCAAGAACAAGGGCACAAUUUGAGUUUAAAGGUAAAAAAUGGCCAUAAUUGAGCUUGUCUGGGCAAUAACUAUGUUGUUUAUUGUGCGAUUUUAAAAUCGUUGGCUCUUUUGUUCACCAUCAUUUGACAGUGUGUCGCGCGAAAGAAUUACGUCGAUAUCUUCAAACUCAAGUUCGUAGUUUUAGUUCAAAGGUCAAAAAUGGCAAUAAAUUAUCUUGUCUGGGCCAUAAAUAUGUCAUUCAUUGUAAGAUUUUAAAAUGACUCUGUACAUCAAUUUUGUUCAAAGUCAUUGGAAGGCUUGUCAUGUGAAACAAUUCAAGAGUUCAAAGGUCAAAAUGGCUAUAAAUGAUAAUGGCAUAAUGAUUCUUAAAAAAUCGCCAUAAAUUGUAUUAUCUUGUUUUGUGAAGACAGCAUACAAAAUAGUCUGUGUCAAUGCGUUAUGUGGGGGUAUAUGUCACGUCUGUGACAAAGCUCCAGUUGGCAUGCAUGUGCAUCUUGUGAAGCUGCACAUAUUGAGUGGUGAAAAGUGAAGGUCAAGGUAAUCCUUCAAGGUUAAAUGUUAAAUAUAUUGCUUCUGUCCGUCCGUCUGAAAACUUUAAAAUUGGCCAUAACUUUUGAGCUCACCUGAGUGCAACAUGCUCAUGGUGAGCUUUUGUGAUUGCCUUUUGUCCGUUGUGCGUUGUAUGUCGUCAACAUUUUGCCUUGUGUACUCUAGAUGCCACAUUUAUUGUCUGAUCUUCAUGAAAUUUUGCAGAACAUUUGUCACAUUGAUACCUCGACUGAGUUCGAAACUGGGUCAUGCUGGGUCAAAAAUUAGGUCACUAGGUCAAAAAAAAAACAAAAAAACUUGUGAACACUGUAGAAGUCCAAUCUUCAUGUAACUUUGUCAAAAUGUUUGUCUAAGUGAUAUUUUGGUUGAGUUAAAAAUUGGUUCCGGUCCGUUGAAAAACAUGGCCGCCAGGGGCGGGGCAGUUUUCCUUAUAUGGCUAUAGAGAAACCUUGUGAACACUUUAGAAGUCAAAAUGUUUGCCUAAUCAUCAUGAAACUUGGUCAAAACAUUGGUUUUAUUUAUAUUUUGGACGAGUUCGAAAAUGGUCCAGAUCAGUGAAAAAACAUGGCCGCCAAGGGGCGGGGGAGUUUUCCUUAUGUUUUUAGUUAAACAUUGCUAACACUCUAGAGGCCACAUUUAUUGUCCAUUCUUCAUGAAAUUUGGUCAGAAGUUUGGUCUCAAUGAUAUCUUAGACAAGCUGAAAAUGGUUACGUUUGCUUGAAAAACAUGGCUGCCAAAGGGCGGGGCAUUUUUCCUUAUAUGGCUAUAUAUGGCUAUAGUAAAACGUUGUGAACACUCUAGAGGCCACAUUUAUUGUCCAAUCUUCAUGAAAUUUGGUCAGAAUAUUUGUCUCAUUAAUAUCUUGGAUGGGUUUGAAAAUGGUUAUGUUUGCUUGAAAAACAUGGCUGCCAAGGGGCGGGGCAUUUUUCCUUAUAAAAAUGGCUAUUGUAAAAUCUUGUUAACACUCUUGAGGCCACAUUUAUUUUCCGAUCUUCAUGAAACUUGGUCAGAAUAUUCAUCCCAAAAAAUAUCGUAGACAAGUUAAAAAAUGAUGCUGGUUGGUUGAAAAACAUGUCCGCCAGGGGGUGGGGCAUUUUACCUUAUAUGGCUAUAGUAAAACUUUGUUAACACUCUAUAGGCCACAUUUAUUUUCUUAUCUUCAUGAAACUUGGUCAGAAGAUUUGUCCUAAUGAUAUCUUGGAUUAGUUCAAAAAUAGUUUUGUUUGCUUAAAAAACAUGGCCACCAGGGGCGGGGCAUUUUUCCUAAUAUGGUUAUGUAUCAUGCUUUACUAAAACAUUGUUAACACUCUGUAGGCCACAUUUAUUUUCCGAUUAUUAUGAAACUUGGUCAGAUGAUUUGUCCAAAUGAUAUCUUGGAUGAGUUCAAAAAUGGUUCUAGUUGGUGAAAAAACAUGGCCACUAAGGGGCGUGGCAUUUUUCCUUAUAUGGCUAAAGUAAAACCCUGUUAAAACUCUAGAAGCCAUAUUUAUUGUACGAUCAUCAUGACACUUUGUCAGAAGAUUUGUCCCAAUGAUAUUUGGACAAGUUUGAAAUUGGUUCCAGUUGCUAAGAAAAACAUGGCCACCAGUGGGCGGGGCAUUUUUCCUUAUAUGGACUUAUGAAUCUUCUUGAAACUUUGUCAGUAUAUUAGUUUAAAUGAUAUCUUGGAUGUGUAUUUCACGUUGACAUUUGAAGCUUUAACUUUGUAUGAUUCUAAAUAUGUGUCAAUGCUGUCAGUUGAAUUUUGCAAUAUGAAGUUUUACAUUUUUUGUAGAUUAAAUAAUUUGUAAAAUGUUGCAGUUUCGUCAAUCAGUUUUAUAAGAUAUUGAGCUUUAGUUAUGAUGCAGAUUGUAAGAUUCUUAAUAUCUUUCAAUAUUGUGGAUAAGUUUUUGAGAUAUCAAGCUUUGAGUUUUAUGCAAAUUGUAUGAUUUUAAAAUGUUUCAAUGGUGUUGAUCAGUGUAAUGAAGAUUGCAUAAUUUUUAUGCUUUAAUUCUGUCUAUUGGUUUUCAAAAUGAAAGACUUUGAUUUUGUAAGUGCACUUUUAUCUCCUGAAAGAUUCUUUUCUAGUGUUAAGUUUAUAUUUUAAGGCUGUUUGCAAACUCGAAGUGAAAACAGUUCUAUUACAAUUUGGUAAGGACAUGACAUUGCAUAUCUGAUUUUAAAAUGUACUUUGCUGGCAACGUGUAAUUUUCUGAAAUGUCUUAGUAAGACUGUUGUUUGCAAUCAAAAGGUCUGUGCUUCAAAUACAGGGUAAUGCAUGUUUUUUGUCCAAAUUUAUGGCGAUUCAGACAUUGUUCUAUGUAAAUUUGGGGUUUGCUUGAAGGUUCAGUCUAUUUUUAUGUCCCUCACUAUAGUAGUGGGGGACAUAUUGUUUUUGUCCUGUCUGUUGGUUGGUUGGUUGGUUGAUCUGUUUACGCCAACUUUAACAUUUGCAAUAACUUUUGCAAUAUUGAAGAUAGCAACUUGAUAUUUGGCAUGCAUAUGUAUCUCAUAGAGCUGCACAUUUUAAUUUUCUGAAAGGUCAAGGUCAGAGGUCAAAUAUAUGUGGCCAAAAUCGCUCAUUUUAUGAAUGCUUUUGCAAUAUUGAAGAUAGCAACUUCAUAUUUGGCAAGCAUGUGUAUCUCAUGGAGCUGCACAUUUUGAGUGGUGAAAGGUCAAGGUCAUAAUUCAAUGUCAUAGGUCGAAUAUAUGGCUUCAAAGCGGCACAGUAAGGGGGAUUGUGUUUUACGAACACAGCUCUUGUUGUUAACUGCCUUUUUAGUCCCUUACCAGUGUUUCACUAAAGUCCGUGUACUUUGGACUCAUUUCAAGUUGACAUUUGAAGCUUUAACUUUGUAUGAUUCUAAAUAUGUGUCAAUGCUGUCGGUUGAAUUUUGAAAUAUGAAGUUUUUCAUUUUUUGUAGAUUAAAUAAUUUGUAAAAUGUUGCAGUUUAGUCAAUCAGUUUUAUAAGAUAUUGAGCUUUAGUUAUGAUGCAGAUUGUAAGAUUCUUAAUAUCUUUCAAUAUUGUGGAUAAGUUUUUGAGAUAUCAAGCUUUGAAUUUUAUGCAAAUUGUAUGAUUUAAAAUGUUUUAAUUUGUUGAUCAGUGUACUGAAGAUUGUAUACUUUUUAUAUGUUAUAAUUCUGUCUAUUGGUUUUCAAAAUGAAAGACUUUGAUUUUGUAAGUGCACUUUUAUCUCAUUAUGCCCCCCUUCGAAGAAGAGGGGGUAUAUUGCUUUGCUCAUGUCGGUCGGUCUGUCGGUAUGUCAGUCUGUCGGUCCGUCCACCAGGUGGUUGUCAGACGAUAACUCAAGAACGCUUGGGCCUAGGAUCAUGAAACUUCAUAGGUACAUUGAUCAUGACUCGCAGAUGACCCCUAUUGAUUUUGAGGUCACUAGGUCAAAGGUCAAGGUCACGGUGACCCAAAAUAGUAAAAUGGUUUCCGGAUGAUAACUCAAAAAUUCAUACGCCUAGGAUCAUGAAACUUCAUGGCUAGAUUGAUCAUGACUCGCAGAUGACCCCUAUUGAUUUUGAGGUCACUAGGUCAAAGGUCAAGGUCACGGUGACCCGAAAUAGUAAAAUGGUUUUCGGAUGAUAACUCAAGAACGCAUAUGCCUAGGAUCAUGAAACUUCACAGGUAGAUUGAUCAUUGCUCACAGAUGACCCUUAUUGAUUUUAAGGUCACAAGGUCAAGGUCACGGUGACCCGAAAUAGUAAAAUGAUUUUCGGAUGAUAACUCAAGAACGCUUUUGCCUAGGAUCAUGACACUUCAUAGGUACAUUGAUCGUGACUCACAGAUGACCCCUAUUGAUUUUCAGGUCACUAGGUCAAAGGUCAAGGUCACAGUGACAAAAAACGUAUUCACACAAUGGCUGCCACUACAACGGACAGCUCAUAUGGGGGGCAUGCAUGUUUUACAAACAGCCCUUGUUAAAGAUUCUUUUCUAGUGUUUAGUUUAUAUUUUAAGGCUGUUUGCAAACUCGAAGGGAAAACAGCUCUAGUACAAUUUGGUAAGGACAUGACAUUGCAUAUCUGAUUUAAAAAUGUACUUUGCUGGCAACGUGUAAUUUUCAGAAAUGUCUUAGUAAGUAAGACUGUUGUUUGCAAUCAAAAGGUAUGUGCUUCAAAUCCAGGAAAAUGCAUGUUUUUUGUCCAAAUUUAUGUCAAUUCAGACAUUGUUCUGUGUAAAUAUGGGGUUUGCUUGUAGGAUCAGUCUAUUUUUAUGUCCCCCACUAUAGUAGUGGGGGACAUGUUGUUUUUGCUCUGUCGGUCUGUUUAUUGGUUGGUUGGUCUGUUUAUGCCAACUUUAACAUUUUGCAAUAACUUGCAAUAUUGAAAGUAGCAACUUGAUAUUUGGCAUGCAAAUGCAUCUCCUGAAGCUGCACAUUAUCAUUGGUGAAAGGUCAAGGUCAUCCUUCAAGGUCAGAGGUCAAAUAUAUGUGCCCUUAAUCGCUCAUUUUAUGAAUACUUUUGCAAUAUUGUAGAUAGCAACUUGAUAUUUUGCAAGCAUGUGUAUCUCAUUGAGCUGCACAUUUUGAGUGUUGAAAGGUCAAGGUCAUCCUUCAAGGUCAGAGGUCAAAUAUAUGUGGCCCAAAUCGCUUAUUUUAUUAAUACUUUUGCAAUAUUGAAGAUAGCAACUUGAAAUUUGGCAUGCAUGUGUAUCUCAUGGAGCUGCAAAUUUUGAGUGUUGAAAGGUCAAAGUCAUCCUUCAAGGUCAGAGGUUAAAUAUAUGUGGCCCAAAUCGCUUAUUUUAUGAAUACGUUUGCACUAUUGAAGAUAGCAACUUGAUAUUUGGCAUGCAUAUGUAUCUCAUAGAGCUGCACAUUUUGAGUGGUGAAAGGUCAAGGUCAUCCUUCAAGGUCAAAUAUAUGGGUCAAAAUUGCUCAUGUUAUGUUACUUCUGCAAUAUUGAAGCUAGCAAUUUUAUAUUUGACAUGCAUGUGUAUCUCAUGGAGCUGCACAUUUUGAGUGGUGAAGGGUCAAGGUCAUCCUUCAAGGUCAAACGUUAUAUACGGGGACAUUGGGUUUCACAAACGCAUCUUGUUGUGUAUGUAAUUAAUUUUGCUUAAUUUUUGUGAUCCCCCGCCAACAGCGGAGGGAUAUUAAUUUGGCAUUGUCCGUCUUUCCGUCUGUCCGUCCGGCACUUUUGUGUCCGGAACCAUAUUUUGGAAGUGCUUUGGCAGAUUUCAUUGAAACUUGGUAUGAGUAUAUAUAUAUAUGGAUAAGAGGAUGAUGCACGCCAAAUGGCAUUGUACAUCCUUGAAUAAUAGCGGAGUUAUGACCCUUUGUAUUUGAAAAAAAUGCUUUUUUUGUGUGUCCAGAGCCAUAACUUGUAUCCAGAAGUAUAAUGGCGGGGGAUAUCAAUUCAACGAAUUUGCUUGUUAAAUCAGUUUUUAUUUUCAUGAUAAUCAUUUAGUUCGUAUUGCAACUUAUGAUGGAUUGUUACUACUAUCUCCAAUUAUUUGUUUGUCAUGGGUCCGUCACCAUUUAUCUCUUAUAUAAUACUUGAAUUGAGCAUUUCACAAUCUGACAAUCAUGCAUAUCAUUUAUUAGUUUCAUAAUAAAACGUCUGACAAGGGUCAGAUAAUUUAAA